GCCUGCGCGGCGCUCACUCACUGAACUACACUUCCCAGUUCUCCUUGCGCGGCACGUGACGCCCUGUCCUCUCUGAGUGGGGAGAGUGGUUGCUACAGCUGCGCCUCACUUUCUCCGAUCCAGUCCGGGACCUAGCCCGGAGUUAGAAUCGACUCCACCAUGGAGGAAGCCGACCGAAUCCUUAUCCAUUCCUUGCGCCAGGCGGGCACGGCAAUCCCUCCUGAUGUGCAGACUCUAAAAGCCUUCACCACUGAGCUGGUUGUGGAGGCUGUGGUCCGAUGCCUUCACGUGAUCAGCCCUGCAGUGGGCUCUGGCCUCAGUCCCUUGCUCCCGCCAGCCAUGUCUGCCCGGUUCCGCCUGGCCAUGAGCCUGGCUCAGGCCUGCAUGGACCUGGGCUAUCCCAUGGAGCUUGGCUAUCAGAAUUUCCUCUACCCCAGUGAGCCUGACCUCCGAGACCUGCUUCUCUUCUUGGCUGAGCGGCUUCCCACCGAUGCCACUGAGGAUGCAGACCAGCCUGCAGGUGACUCAGCUAUUCUCCUUCGAGCCAUUGGGAACCAAAUCCGGGAUCAGUUGGCCCUGCCCUGGGUCCCACCUCUCCUUCGCACUCCCAAGCUGCAGCGCCUCCAGGGCUCAGCCCUCCAGCAACCAUUCCAUUCCAGCAGGCUGGUCUUGCCUGAACUGAGUUCCAGAGGAGAGCAACGUGAGUUCCAGGCGAGUUCCUUGCUGCUACCAGCCCCUACACAAGUGCCAUGGCUCGUUGGGAGGGCAGCCUCUCUCCUUGAACAUCAUGCCAUCCAGCUCUGCCAACACGUGAGCCGGGACCGCCCAGGGGAUGAGGAUUGGACACACCGGACACCCCGCCUCCCACUCCAGGACGAUCCCCAGGCUCCACGGCAGCGGUUGCAUAAGCAGCUGGCUGAGCAUCUACGCCAAAGCUGGGGCCCACCUGGAGUCCUUCCAAAAUUCCGAGACCUGGGAGAGCUGCUGCAGGCCUGGGGUGCUGGGGCCAGGACUGGCACCCUCAAGGGCUCCCGCUUCACACAUUCAGAGAAGUUUACCUUUUAUCUGGAGCCCCAGGCCCAGGCAGCUCAGUUGGCAGAUGUACCAGCUACCUCUCAUAGGCCUGAACAGGACACACGGGCACCUCAAGAACAGGAGCUAGAAUCCCUUCAGGAGCAGCUGGCGGGUAUGAACCGCAACAUUGAAGAGGUUGAAGCCGACAUGAAGACCCUGGGAAUCAACCUUGUGCAGGUGGAAUCUGAGUGUCGACAAAGUGAUCUCAGCAUAAUGGAGCAGGAGCAAGCCCUGCGUCUGAAGAGUCAGGCGGUGGAACUGCUGCCUGAUGGGGCUGCCAACCUUGCCAAGCUGCAGCUUGUUGUGGAGAGCAGUGCCCAGCGGGUUAUCCACCUGGCAGGUCAGUGGGAAAAACACCGGGUUCCGCUUCUUGCGGAGUAUCGCCACCUUCGAAAACUCCAGGAUUGUAGGGAGUUGGAAUCUUCACGACGGCUAGCAGAAAUCCAGGAGCUACACCACAGUGUUCGAGCAGCUGUGGAAGAGGCCCGCAGGAAAGAGGAGGUCUAUAAGCAGUUGGUGUCGGAGCUGGAGACUCUACCCAGAGAUGUGUCCCGGCUGGCCUACACCCAGCGCAUUCUAGAGAUUGUGGGCAACAUCCGGAAGCAGAAGGAAGAGAUCACUAAGAUCUUGUCUGACACGAAGGAGCUUCAGAAGGAAAUUAACUCUCUCUCUGGGAAGCUGGAUCGGACCUUUGCUGUGACCGAUGAGCUAGUGUUCAAGGAUGCCAAGAAGGAUGAUGCUGUUCGAAAGGCCUACAAGUAUCUUGCUGCCCUGCAUGAGAACUGUAGCCAGCUCAUCCAGACCAUUGAGGACACAGGCACUAUCAUGCGAGAGGUUCGAGACCUUGAGGAGCAGAUCGAGACCGAGAUGGGUAAGAAGACCCUCAGCAACUUGGAGAAGAUCUGUGAGGACUACCGAGCCCUUCGCCAGGAGAAUGCUGGUCUCUUGGGCCGUCUCCGGGAGGCCUGAGGAGCCCCGAUAGAAGUCUCCUAGACACAGGCCGGGAUUUGGGGUGUUGGUUAGUUGGGCACUAGUUGGGGUUAGUGCCCAAGAACUAGCUUUAGCUCUUCCCUCCAUUUGCCAUCCACUUCCUCCUGCUGGGGCCUUGCACCCAGGCCCCAUUUUUGAUCAGAGUGACUGAAUGUCCAGCAUGUGGGAGCUUAACUGCAGUUUAUUGGAUGGGCCCUGGGGCAAGGGGCCUUGGGCCCCAAAUAAAAGAGAAGUUCUUCAGUA